CUUCCACCACCUUAAUAGGGGUGGAGCUUCACAAGGUGAAAGGUUAAAAAACAUGUCGGCUAGCUGUCCGCAGCAUGGUGUCCUCUAAUAUGUUUGCAAUGCGUUGGAGAAAAUCUUUGCUGUCUGGUAGUAUUUUGGCACCUGUAUGUACGGAAUUACUCAGAAAUGCAACCACUGCUCCCAGGGCGCUGCAGCGAGAUAAGGAUUAUUGCGUGGAACUUGUCAGGAAACGUGACUAUGAAGGCUUCCUGUGCUCCCUGCUGCUUCCUGCAGAAUCUGUUUCCUCAGCUUUUGCAUUGAGGGCAUUUAAUGUGGAACUGGCUCAGAUCAAGGAUUCUGUAUCACAGAAGUCAAUAGGCCUAAUGAGGGUGCAGUUCUGGAGAGAAGUUCUUGAUGAUAUUUACAAAGACCAUCCUACACAACAACCGGUUGCUAAGGAAUUACUGAAGGCUGUAAAAAAGCAUAAGCUGACUAAAAGGUGGUUAAUGAAGAUGAUUGACGAAAGGGAAAAGAAUCUGGAUAACCAUGUGUUCCGUAACCUUCAGGAACUAGAAACUUACUCCGAAAACACUCAGUCUUCACUCGCCUAUCUCAUGCUGGAAACAUUAGGUGUAAAGGAUGUCCAGGCUGAUCAUGCUGCAAGUCAUAUCGGGAAAGCACAAGGCAUUGUCACAUGCAUCCGAGCCACUCCAUAUAAUUGCAGUCAGCGGAAGGUCUACCUCCCUUUAGAUAUAUGCAUGCUGCAUCGUGUUCCACAAGAGAGCUUGUUAAGAAGAAGCAAAGAGAAGAAUGUGAGAGAUGUUAUAUACGACAUUGCCAGCCAGGCACAUAUUCACCUUGAUCAUGCCAGAUCUUUCAUGAACAGAGUACCAUCGAAGGCUUUCCCUGCCUUUCUUCAUACGGUUAUUUUAGAAGAUUACCUGAACAAACUUCAGAAAGUAGAUUUUGAUGUGUUCCAUUCAUCCUUGCAGAGGAGAAAUACACUACUGCCGUUAUAUUUAUACAUUCGAUCAUGGAAGAACAAAUAUUGAAGUACACGUUAGACAAUAUGACAUUUGACAGUGUUUUUAUUUGUAAAUAAACAUUUAAAAUAGCCUGAAA